UUAUCGAAAAACAAUUAAGACGACAACAACAACAACAAAAAUCUGCUUCACUGGCGAAUCUUUAUUUAUAUCUUUAAUAUUGAAGCAGUUGUGAAUAUCGCAUUAUUUUAGAUUACCUCUUAACUUACUACAAAAGCCUUCACUUCUGAUUGUGACAGAGUUAUAGAUACCACUGAAGCCAAAAUAUGAUUUUGGUACAGGAGUACUAGUGAUAACAAUUUUGUCUGAAGAAGUUUAACAAGUAAAGAGAAUGGCAGCACCAGAUUAUGAUGUAAUCAAAGAUAUACCAGGCUACAAGGUUAUACUGAAGGCAGUGAUCAAGAGUCAGAUUCAACAGUUGGUUGAGCAACUAGCCUCCACUACUGAUGAGGAGUCAGUGAUUCUCACAGCAAGUGUUGCUGACGGUACACUCAGUCACCUUGGCUCUGUGUCCGGUAAAGGUUUCCUUGAAGAUCAUGAAGAUAUCAAAUCACAGUUUCUUGGUUUCUGUCUUAAGAGUCACCAAAAAAGAAAAGAAGCAGAGAAAGAACGUAGAGCAGCUGAAUUAUUCCAGCAGUGUAUGCAGACCAGUCCAGGCAAGUAUGGAGGCACGCCUGGCCCUUACACAGCCGUAUCAGCCAGAUUUCCUUCACACAGAGGUCGGGGUUCCGUUCAUCCAGUAGGGAUUCAUAAAGCAUCACCUGGCAGUCUGAUCAGGUCUCCUGGUGUAAGACACGAGCCUUACACAGUUUCUCACUCACCAAGGAGAGCCCCUUUAAACUUUGACUCUGGUAGAAAUCUUGCUUCAGGACCAGGUUCAAGCCCUGUUAGGGUAGAUAAUAAACUUGAUGGACAGGUGAUAAAAAUAGAACCAGGAAGUGAUAAUGAAGCCUCAAAUCAAAGUGAAAAUGGUGCUAUAAAUCACAGUAAACUUGAAAGUUUGAACCAGUCACAAUCAGGAGAGAUAAGCGUUCAGUCUGAUAGUAGAUCUCAGUCAGGUGAAAAGGAUGAUGAUGCCCAGUUAGAAUCCGCCAAUACUACCAUUCCAAAUGAAUCUCUAGCAGAAGGACUUAGUUUAGAUUCAGACUUGUCAAAUGUGAUAUCAGGACCUAGUUACAUACAGGGUGGUGAAAGUGGUGAAAUGGACCCAAAUGUUUCUGUUAAAAUAGAGGCAUUAACUGAAAGUGAGAUGGAGCUUGAAAUUACGGGCGUAGAGCCUGGUAGACCUGUUGUACCCCAGGAUAACUGGGACCCUAAUGUUUCUAUGGGGAUGAAUUUUGACCCCUCUCAAGGUGCUGUUGGGAAUCAGGAUGUUGUCACAGCUCAAGGAUACAAUAUAGAUUUGAGUGGGGCAUUAAACUCGGUACUGGCUAUAGACCAGAGUGAAAGUACAUACUACAAUGAAGAAGGAAAACUAACAGACGCCCAGGCUCUUCAGAACUUUCCAGAAUUUUAUUCUACAUGUAAAUUCGAUGGAUCAGUUGUGCACGUUUGUAAAGUCAAAGAUUGCAGAAAAGCAUUCAAAUGUCGUAGAGCAAUGAUGCGGCAUAUUAGAACGCAUACUAAAGAAAAACCAUUCAGCUGUAGAUAUUGUAACUACAGGUGCUCAAGGAAAGAUAACCUAAAAGUGCAUGAAUUGAAACAUAGUUUAGUCCCUUGAAAAUUACAGAAUUACAAGAAUAAGAAAAAAAAAAUGGAAAAGUGUAAUAUUAUUUAUGUCAAAUUUAUUUGAUAUUGACUUAACCUUUAAAGCUCUUGCUUACAUUCAUGGAUACAUUUUUCAUUUCCAUCAAGUUUUGCAGAGAAUGUAUAAUUAUGACACUGAAAAUAGAUAUUAUAAGACUUAUAUAACACUAAGUGAUUGGUAAAAAAGCAGGAAGAAUGCGAAUUUUCUUCAUUGUUUUCAAGCAUUUCAGAGGUUACUGGUAAAAAAGCAGGAAGAAUGUGAAUUUUCUCCAUUGUUUCAAAAGCAUUGUAGAGGUUAUUGGUAAAAAGCAGAAAGAAUGUGAAUUUUCUCCAUUGUUUUCAAGCAUUGCAGAGGUUAUUGAUAAAAAAUCAGGAAGAAUGAGAAUUUUCUCCAUUGUUUUCAAGCAUUGCAGAGGUUAUUGGUAAAAAAGCAGGAAGAAUGCGAAUUUUCUCCAUUGUUUUCAAGCAUCGCAGAGGUUAUUGGUAAAAAAGCAGGAAGAAUGUGAAUUUUCUCCAUUGUUUCAAAAGCAUUGUAGAGGUUAUUGGUAAAAAUUCAGGAAGAAUGUGAAUUUUCUCCAUUGUUUUCAAGCAUUGCAGAGGUUAUUGGUAAAAAAAGCAGGAAGAAUGUGAAUUUUCUCCUUUGUUUUCAAGCAUUGCAGAGGUUAUUGGUAAAAAAGCAGAAAUAAUGUAAAUUUUCUCCAUUGUUUUCAAGCAUUGCAGAGGUUAUUGGUAAAAAUGCAGGAAGAAUGUGAAUUUUCUCUACUGUUUUCAAGCAUUGCAGAGGUUAGUGGUAAAAAAUCAGGAAGAAUGAGAAUUUUCUCCUUUGUUUCAAAAGCAUUGUAGAGGUUAUUGGUAAAAAAUCAGGAAGAAUGUGAAUUUUCUCCAUUGUUUUCAAGCAUUGCAGAGGUUAUUGGUAAAAAAGCAGGAAGAAUGCGAAUUUUCUCUAUUGUUUUCAAGCAUUGCAGAGGUUAUUGAUAAAAAAGCAGAAAGAAUGCGAAUUUUCUCCAUUGUUUUCAAGCAUUGCAGAGGUUAUUGGUAAAAAAGCAGAAAGAAUGCAAAUUUUCUCCAUUGUUUUCAAGCAUUGCAGAGUUUAUUGGUAAAAAAACAGGAAGAAUGUCAAUUUUCUCCAUUGUUUUCAAGCAUUGCAGAGGUUAUUGGUAAAAAAGCAGGAAGAAUGUGAAUUUUCUCCAUUGUUUUCAAGCAUUGCAGAGGUAAUUGGUAAAAAAGCAGGAAGAAUGCGAAUGUUUCCAAGCUUUGCAGAGGUUAUUGGUAAAAAAACAGGAAGAAUGAGAAUUUUCUCAAUUGAUUUCAAGCAUUGCAGAGGUUAUUGGUAAAAAGCAGAAAGAUUAAUGCAAAUUUUCUCCAUUAUUUUCAAGCAUUGCAGAGGUUAUUGGUAAAAAAACAGGAAGAAUGCGAAUUUUCUCCAUUGUUUUCAAGCAUUGCAGAGGUUAUUGGUAAAAAAGCAGGAAGAAUGUGAAUUUUCUCAAUUGUUUUCAAGCAUCACAGAGGUUAUUGGUAAAAAAGCAGGAAGAAUGUGAAUUUUCUCCAUUGUUUCAAAAGCAUUGUAGAGGUUAUUGGUAAAAAAGCAGGAAGAAUGUGAAUUUUCUCCAUUGUUUUCAAGCAUUGCAGAGGUUAUUGGUAAAAAAAGCAGGAAGAAUGUGAAUUUUCUCCAUUGUUUUCAAGCAUUGCAGAGGUUAUUGGUAAAAAAGCAGAAAGAAUGUAAAUUUUCUCCAUUGUUUUCAAGCAUUGCAGAGGUUAUUGGUAAAAAAUCAGGAAGAAUGUGAAUUUUCUCCAUUGUUUUCAAGCAUUGCAGAGGUUAUUGGUAAAAAAAGCAGGAAGAAUGCGAAUUUUCUCUAUUGUUUUCAAGCAUUGCAGAGGUUAUUGGUAAAAAAUCAGGAAGAAUGUGAAUUUUCUCCAUUGUUUUCAAGCAUUGCAGAGGUUAUUGGUAAAAAAGCAGAAAGAAUGCAAAUUUUCUCCAUUGUUUCAAAAGAAUUGUAGAGGUUAUUGCUAAAAAUGCAGGAAGAAUGUGAAUUUUCUCUAUUGUUUUCAAGCAUUGCAGAGGUUAUUGGUAAAAAAGCAGGAAGAAUGAGAAUUUUCUCCUUUGUUUCAAAAGCAUUGUAGAGGUUUACAACCUUUUUCACAACAUUUUUGUGAGUGACCAGUGGUACAAACUGAUUGACAUACAAUUUUGCAAGAUAGUCAAAUAAACUAUCAAAAAUAUUGUGCAAAAGGUUGUAUAUGUUUUAUGGAUUACUGAGAGAAAACAUUGCCUUAAAAAUGUGUUAAUAAGUUGCUUUAAAACUUGAAGGAACCAGAAUGGUUAUAUCAGAAGUUCAGUUUUCAGGAAAGCCAAGAAUUCAGGAAUAUAACAUUGAUUUUAGAGACCAGUCUGUUUAAUUUAAAAGGGACAAAUGAGAUGUUCGGUCUUAGGUUAUGAAACUGUUUGAAAACCUGUAGUAAUUCAAAUCAAAUGCUUCUUUCCCGGAAAUUGGGAAAUAAUUGUUCUGACUUAUAGUUUUGGGAAAUUAGAGGAUGAUUAUGAGCAGGAUGAUAAUUUUUAAAAAUUAGUAACUUAAUAAAAACGUUACAUUAACAAGUAUCGUGAAAUAUUGGUGGGGUACUAAUUUUCAUGGAUUUUUUGCUUGUGCCUAGCCAUUAAAUGAAAUUCCUAGGAACAUGUUAUAUUUCCAUUCAUUUUAUGUUCAAAAACAUGACAUCCACACAUUCAUAUCCCCAUAAAACAGAUGGUUAAAUCUUGUGAGGAAGCAAUGUGCCAAUUUUUGAUUCAGAAGUAGUUGAAUAUUGGUACUAGUUAUCAAAGAUAAAUAAAAGCCCUGCACCCUUACCACUGGUUAAUUUAAAAUAUGUUCUGAGAUACCUUUUAAAUGCUUGAGAUAAGGGAUUAGUCUCCAAACU